AUGCUGUACGACAUCAUCGUUGUGGGUGGCGGCCUCGCCGGCUCCGUGGUAUCUAAUCGUCUCCUCGGCUUCAACGAGAGCUUGAAGAUUCUGGUAGUUGAAGCUGGGCAAAAUGCCAACAAUCGUACCGACAUUAUAUGGCCCAACCAAACUGCGUUUGGUGGCGACUUAUCCUGGGGUUGGGAUACCAUUCCCCAAGUCAAUCUAGACAACCGCACCAUGGGGGAGGCCGUAGGUACAGCCUUGGGAGGCGGAACUGUUGUUAAUGCUGGGAACUGGGUCCGUGGCGAUCGAACCGACUAUGACCUCUGGGGUGAAACUGUCGGAGAUUCCCGCUGGAAUUAUGACGGCCAACUUCCUUUCAUGCAGAAGGCAGAGGCAUUCCAACACCCGGAUAGAAACCCGGAUCAGCAUGGCUACGACGGGCCGGUAUUCGUUCAGACCGUCACUUCUACCAAUCGCUCGUUCCCGCUGCGUGAGCCCGUGUUCCAAGCUUGGAAUGAAAUUGGCGUUUUUGAGUUGCCUGACUUAGAUGCCAAUGCUGGAAACCCCCUUGGCGUUGGCGAUUUCUCUGAGAAUAAGCACAAUGGAAGAAGGGAAAUUGCAUCUGUCAUUUAUCCACUCAACGGAAUUGAUGUAUUGACCGAGACCUUGGUAGAAAAGGUCUUAGUCCAAGAUGUCGAUGGAGUGUUGACAUCUCUCGGCAUCCAACUAUCCAACGGCACUCAGAUACUUGGGAGCAAGGUCAUUCUAUCAGCUGGAGCGUUCCGUACUCCCCAGAUUCUACUCUUAUCGGGAAUUGGACCGGCGUCUGAGCUUGAAAGUCUCGAGAUAGACGUGAAUCUUGAUUUGCCCGACGUCGGUCGAAACUUGAUCCAGCACUCAUCCACAACUUCCACUUGGACCAUUCGAAACCCCGACGAAGGCUGGAUCCCUGGCUCUGGGAAUCCUCUAUUCGAGGAGGAGCAAUACGGCUGGGGUAAUCCACAGGAUUACAUGGUCUCAACGAGCGUGCCUCGGGACGGUCUUGCUGUCGCCAUUGAAAUUGACGAAGGCGUUGCUCCCGACCCAGAGACGCACCCACUACUCCGUACUGAUCGUACAUUCUUGGAACAUGUCUUUCAAUACUUUGGAUACACCGGAACCAGCGGCGCCACGGUGUCCUUCAUGUCCAUCUUGUUCAUUCCCAGUGCGCGAGGGUCAGUCACACUUGCAUCUGCCAACAUUAGUGACUUUCCGCUGCUCGAUCCGAACUACUUCGGUACUGAAGUCGAUCGAUACGUCCUUCGCGAGGCCUCGAGGCUGCAGUAUGCAUUUGCAGGAGGGAAUACUACAGUAUUGGGAAGAGAUAUUUUCGCAGGCGAAAUCCCACCGGAUGGCUCCCCGGCACUUUCCAGCGUCAUUACAGACGAAGAGCUUGACACCCGACUUCGUGCCACUUUACGAACGGCCUAUCAUCCUCAUGGAACUGCAGCAAUGGGGAAAGUUGUUGAUACAAAUUUAAAGGUGAUUGGAGUGGAUAAUCUUUAUGUUGUUGAUACUUCUGUAUUUCCCGUUGCCAUCAGUGCUCACCUGCAAGUUGCAACCUACGCGCUUGCUGAGCAGGCCGCCGAGAUUCUUGCAGGUAGCACCUAA